AGGAAAACGCCAAGAUAAGGCAAAUGAAAUGCUAGAAGAAUAUCUCAGUUAUCCAGAAGAGUUACUUAUAAUUAAAUGCAAAGUUUUUGAUAGUAAUUUAAAAGAUAUAUGUACUAACAGCAUAGUGUCCUUUUCUAAGCACCGUGUAGCUAACUUGGAGUAUAAAAGUGAUGACUGUUGCUUCAAUACUUCUCCUUAUUUAGAAAAUUGUAGCUAUUAUUUAGUUUUCUGCAACAAACAAGCAAAUAGUAGCUCAAAUAGCCCUUCAUCUUAUGUAACUAAUCUUCUAUGCUUUUUAGUUACAAUUGCAGAGCCUUAUUUUUCCGUUUUCAGUACCAUACUUGCAGAUAUUGCAAUUAUAGACUCGCUUAUCCUAGUUUUUCCCCUUAUUUGGCAGAAACAUGAUAAAAUGAUACUAUCAAUUUCUAGAAUAUUUCGUGCUUUGAAAAAAUCUCUCAAAAUUCUUUAUCAAGACUAUAAUCAAGUUGGAAACCUAGUUCAAACCCACUCUAAAGAUCCAUCAUUCUUAUCAUUUCCCAAUAUUAUUAUUAACAAUGAAUGUUAUAACAUUGAAAUUGAUUGCAAAAUUGAUGAUUACCUUCUUUGGGUAGUAACAUUCUAUAACGAACAAAGGCUACCUAAACCUAAAAGAGCUUGUGUAAAGAUUGUUCAAAAGGAUAAACAUUUACUUAAUACACAUCAGCUAUUAGUAGAAGCUAGAUAUGCUUCAAAAGUUCUCACUAGUUUAAUUAUUCCAGAAAAUUGGCUUAUGGUUUAUAUGAAAUACUUGGAAGAUUAUUUAACAUUAAAUUACUUCGCUUCUAUUAAUGAACAAAAUCAUUUAAGAAAGAAGAUCAAAGAAAUUGUUAGAUAUUUGCAUGAUGCAGGACAUAUACAUGGAGACUUGCAUGAAGGAAAUAUCCUAGUUUGUCAACUUACGAAUAAUAAUUUUGAUGUAAAAUUGAUCGAUUUUGAAUGGUCUAGAGAG